AAACGAUCGAUGAUGCGACUUCCCAGCGAAGCCGGCGUCCAUUUUAUCUUGUUGUUAGUGUUAGGUGCGUGUAAUAAUUAUUUUUAAAAUUUUAAUUAUCACUUAGUACUGUCACUAAGUAUCAUUUUAUUAAAUAAACAAAUAAAUCGUAAGCUAUAUCUAUUUUCAUCAUUAUUACCAAUUAUUAAGUAAUGGAUAGCGGACCUCCUGCACGUGGUGGCUUUAGAGGACGUGGUGGACCAAUGCGUGGCCGUGGUGGUUUUGGAGACCGUGGACGAGGUGGACCACCGCGAGGUGGAAUGAUGCGCGGACGUGGUGGUGCCCCAGGUCCGAUGCGAGGUGGACCUCCGGGUAUGCGAGGCCGUGGGGGACCUCCAGGACGAGGUGGACGUGGUGGCCACUACCCUCCAGGCGGGCCACCAGACGCAAGUAUAGCAGGCGGACCAGGUGGGGCUCCGCCACCCCCUCCGGGAGUCGGCGGACCAACGCGAGGCAGUGGUCGUGGAGCACCUGGUGGAUUCCGUGGCCGGGGUCGAGGUGACUUUGGCCGUGGUGACAGUCGUGGUGGGGGUUUCCGUGGCCGUGGUGGUGAUCGCCGUGGCCGUGGCUCAGGAAUGUUCAAUCGUGACGGACCACCAAGAGGCCGUGGGGCAAAUGGCGCCGGUUUCAGUGAUCGUGGACGUGGAAUGGACCGUGGUCGUGGUGCUCCAGUUAAACGAGGUGGAGUUCCAGGUGCUGGUGGACCACCAAAACGACCACGUUAUGAUGUCGCAGCUGCACAGCCAGCCAAUGGUUACGCUUCCCAACCUCCGAGUCAAGGUUACGGGCCAGGUAAUGGGUAUGGACAACCAGCACCAGCACCCGUCGGCAGUUACGGAGCAACUACUGGUACUUAUGGACCUCCUCAGAGUGGUUACCAACAAUCUUACCAAGGCUACGAGAGCUACCAAGCGCCCGCAGACUACACACAAUCGACGACGUUCUAUCAACAGGGGUAUCCAGCACAAGCACCACCAGACAAUAGAUAUGGUGGUAUACCCCAAGCACCUGCAGCAAGUUUUAAUUCUGGAGACCCAUAUGGUUAUGGAAAAGUUCCACCUCAAGUUAAUUACCAACAGGAGGCAGUUGCUCCUGCUGUGGGUGGUGGUGAUGGUGGUGAUGGUGUUGGAAAUUAUCCUCCUGCUAAUCCUUACGACGAUCAAUCCUGUAAUAACAGCGGCAUGACGGUCAGGGGUGAUUAUUCAACACACGAGUAUGACUAUACAAGUCAAGACGGUGGCUAUGGGAAACAAGAUUAUGAGGCUAAUUAAGAUGCAUAAGAACAAACUUGUACCCAACAAACUGUUCGAGCGAAACUAUAAAUCAUAUAUAUAUUUAUGAAUUUUUUUUUAAUUUCUGAAGAUUAAUAGUUAAGAAACUUCAACUGAUAAAAGAAAUCAAUAAAGAAGACAUCAAGUGAAAUGAUGAAUUUAAUAUUAAAAGCAACGAAAAACAUUUUCUUUAUAUCAUUAAAAAAAAAUGAAAACUUACUUUUUUAUCCUGAAUGAUAUAAAUUCUUGACAUUACCCUAAAGUAGGUGGACCUAAAAAUAUUUACUCCCUUAAUUUCUUUAUUUUUUACAUA